GAAGCAGUACGGAUCAUGGCUUAUGGAAGCUGACAAGUACAGCGGCACGCUCCACAAGGACAUGAUAGACCACAAGACCACUGCAUUCACGCAGAUGUGGAAAUGCGACGCAACACCACGCAACGAUCACAAGGGGUACCUCACCGCCCUCCGCGCCAAGGCCGCCGAGGAGGGGGAGCACGGCCCAUGGGCGCUCAACGACCUCGACCG